AUGAGAAUAAGUAUGAGAGUGGGCAUUAGAAUGGGUAUGAGAGAUGGCAUGAGAGUACUUAUGAGAGUUAGUAUGAGUGGGUAUAAGAGUAGGUAUGAGAGUGGGUAUGAGAGUGGGCAUGAGAGUACUUACGAGAGUGGGUAUGAGAGUAGGCAUGAUAGUCCUUACAAGAGUAAGUAUGAGAGUGGGUAUGAGCGUAGGUAUGAGAGUGGGUAUGAGAGUACUUACGAUAGUAAGUAUGAGAGAGGGCAUGAGAGUACUUACGAGAGUACUUACGAGAGUGGGUAUGAGAGUACUUACGAGAGUGGGUAUGAGAGUGGGCAUGAGAGUACUUAUGAGAGUGGGUAUAAGAGUAGGUAUGAGAGUAGGCAUGAUAGUCCUUACAAGAAUAAGUAUGAGAGUGGGUAUGAGAGUACUUACGAUAGUAAGUAUGAGAGAGGGCAUGAGAGUACUUACGAGAGUGGGUAUGAGAGUGGGUAUGAUAGUGGGCAUGAGAGUACUUACAAGAGUAAGUAUGAGAGUAGGUAUGAGAGUGGGCAUGAAAACACUUACGAGAGUAAGUAUGAGAGUGGGUAUAAGAGUGGGUAUAAGACUGGGUAUGAGAGAGGGCAUGAUAGUACUUACGAGAGUAAGUAUGAGAGUAACUAUGAGAGUAACUAUGAGAGUGGGCAUGAGAGUACUUACGAGACCUCUUAUCCAACACUUCUCCCCUCUGUAUUCUCUUCCCAACAGCAUUUUCCCCCAGUAAAUACUCAUGUGAUCUCUUCAAUUUUCUGUCACAGCACUAUCUAUUAUUUCCCCUGCAACCCCCAAGCUCUCUCCCCUGCAACACCCCAGCUCUCUCCCUCGCAACACCCCAGCUCUCUCCCUCUCUCCCCUGCAACCCACAGCUCUCUCCCUCUCUCCCCUGCAACCCACAGCUCUCUCCCUCUCUCCCCUGAAACCCACAGCUCUCUCCCUCACUCCCCUGCAACCCACAGCUCUCUCCCUCACUCCCCUGCAACCCACAGCUCUCUCCCUCACUCCCCUGCAACCCACAGCUCUCUCCCUCACUCCCCUGCAACCCACAGCCCUCUCCCUCUCUCCCCUGCAACCCACAGCCCUCUCCCUCUCUCCCCUGCAACCCACAGCCCUCCCCCUCUCUCCCCUGCAACCUCAAGCUCUCUCUCCCCUGCAACCUCAAGCUCUCUCUCCCCUGCAACCUCAAGCUCUCUCUCCCCUGCAACCUCAAGCUCUCUCUCCCCUGCAACCUCAAGCUCUCUCUCCCCUGCAACCUCAAGCUCUCUCUCCCCUGCAACCUCAAGCUCUCUCUCCCCUGCAACCUCAAGCUCUCUCUCCCCUGCAACCUCAAGCUCUCUCUCCCCUGCAACCUCAAGCUCUCUCUCCCCUGCAACCUCAAGCUCUCUCUCCCCUGCAACCUCAAGCUCUCUCUCCCCUGCAACCCCCAGCUCUCUCUCCCCUGCAACCCCCAGCUCUCUCUCCCCUGCAACCCCCAGCUCUCUCUCCCCUGCAACCCGCAGCUCUCUCUCCCCUGCAACCCGCAGCUCUCUCUCCCCUGCAACCCGCAGCUCUCUCUCCCCUGCAACCCGCAGCUCUCUCUCCCCUGCAACCCGCAGCUCUCUCUCCCCUGCAACCCGCAGCUCUCUCUCCCCUGCAACCCCCAGCUCUCUCUCCCCUGCAACCCCCAGCUCUCUCUCCCCUGCAACCCCCAGCUCUAUCUCCCCUGCAACCCCCAGCUCUAUCUCCCCUGCAACCCCCAGCUCUAUCUCCCCUGCAACCCACAGCUCUCUCUCCCCUGCAACCCACAGCUCUCUCUCCCCUGCAACCCCCAGCUCUCUCCCCUGCACCCUCAAGCUCUCUCCCCUGCACCCUCAAGCUCUCUCCCCUGCAACCCCCAGCUCUCUCCCCUGUACCCACAGCUCUCUCCCCAUAUCCCCUGCACCCACACAGCUCUCUCUCCUGCACCUCCAGCUCCUUUCCCCCUGCACCCCCAGCUCUCUCUCCCUUUCCUCUGCACCUCCAGUUCCCUCUCCCCUGCACCCCAGCUCUCUCCCUUUCCCCUGCACCCCAGCUCUCUCCUGCACCACCAGUGCUCUCCUUUUCCCCCAGCUCUCUCUCCUGCACCUCCAGUGCUCUCCCCCUUUCCCCUGCACCCCAGCUUUCUUUCCUAGCUGCACCCCACGCGGUGCUCCCUUGUUCCUCUCCCAGCACUCUAACGUACAGCUCCAGUGCUCUCCCUGGCUGACUCCCCCAGCCCUAUAUAAGCACUCCCGGCCCCUUGUAAUUCCCCUCAGAAUGUCCAGUGCUUGCUUGUCCCUAGCCGUGCUCCUGUUCCUUCUGCCCCCCUGCCUACCUCUGUCCCCCCCAGACCUGCUACUAUAUGACGGGGUCUCGCUGUACUCCCGUGGGGACUGGCUGGGGGCCCGGGCCAGAAUGCAAGAGACCCUGCACAGCUUGCGGCAGCUGCGGAACAUCCGUCUACAGUGUGCGGCGCUGUGCGGCCUAGGAAACUACAGAGCAGAGGAGCUCGCGUGGAAGACUGGGCCGGACUCGGACGCUGAAUCCGGGAAGGAGCAGAAAGCACAGGCCUGGGAUUCCAGGCUGGAAGAGACAGUGCUAGGCCGCGCACACUGCUUAAGCAGGUGUGAACACCUGAAGCUGGGGGACCCUUCACUGUACCGCCUUACCCGGGACACCGAGCAACUCCUGCACCGGGGGGCUCCCUAUAACUACCUGCAGCUGGUGCACUACAAGGUUAGUCUACAGGGGGUAAAUAGUCUACAGGAGGGAAUAGUCUGCAGGAGGGAAUAGUCUGCAGGAGGGAAUAGUCUACAGGGGAUAAAUAGUCUACAGGGGGGAAUAGUCUGCAGGAGGGAAUAGUCUGCAGGGGAUAAAUAGUCUACAGGGGGAUAAAUAGUCCGCAAGAAGUGAUUAGUCUA